GAAAUUCGGGACUCGAGUUUCCCGGGGAAGAGGCGCGGCCCGAGACGAGCGAGGGCGGGCGGGGCGCGCCCGGGGCGCUCCCGCGGACCCCGCGCUCCGCCGUGACCUUGGCCGCGGGGGAGGGGCCCGGCCCCUGCGGGGCAGCCGCCGCCCGCCAGAGGGGGCAGCGGCGACCAACUUGCUCAAGUUGGCGGCGCGGGCUGGGGCGGCUCCGGCUCCGGCGCCUCCUCCCGCUCCUGCAGUCCUCCUCCCGCGGUGCUCCUCCCAGCCGCCGCCGCCGCCGUCGCCGCCCGCCCGCCCCGUGCGCGCCCGGCCCUGCCCGCAGCCCCGCGCCGAACCUCCGAGCCGCCGCCGCCGCCGCCACCGCCGGACGGGACGGGCCGGGCCGGGCCGCGCGCGCCCCCCGGGCCCCGCCGCGGGCAUGGGCGCGCAGGCCCGGGCGCUGCUGCUGCCGCUGCUGGCCCACUGGCUCCUGCGCGCAGCCCCGGCGCCGGCCCCCGCACCCCUCACGCUGCCCCUCCGCGUGGCCGCGCCCACCCCCGGGCCCGGGACCCCCGCCGCGCCCCGCGCCGCGCCCCGAGCCGACGGCCUGGCGCUCGCCCUGGAGCCCGCCGGCGGCGCGGCCAACUUCUUGGCCAUGGUGGACAACCUGCAGGGGGACUCCGGCCGCGGCUACUACCUGGAGAUGCUGAUCGGGACCCCCCCGCAGAAGCUGCAGAUUCUCGUGGACACUGGAAGCAGCAACUUCGCCGUGGCAGGUGCCCCGCAUUCUUACAUAGACUCGUACUUUGACACGGAGAGGUCCAGCACGUACCGCUCCAAGGGCUUUGACGUCACCGUCAAGUACACGCAAGGGAGCUGGACCGGCUUCGUGGGGGAGGACGUGGUCACCAUCCCGAAAGGCUUCAAUAGCUCAUUUCUUGUCAACAUUGCCACUAUCUUCGAGUCAGAGAACUUCUUUCUGCCCGGUGUCAAAUGGAACGGGAUUCUGGGACUCGCGUAUGCUGCCCUGGCCAAGCCGUCAAGUUCCCUGGAGACAUUCUUUGAUUCUCUGGUGGCACAAGCGAGAAUCCCCAACGUCUUCUCCAUGCAGAUGUGUGGGGCGGGACUGCCCGUCGCUGGAUCCGGUACCAACGGAGGUAGUCUUGUCCUGGGUGGAAUUGAACCGAGUUUGUACAAAGGAGACAUCUGGUAUACCCCUAUUAAGGAGGAGUGGUAUUACCAGAUAGAAAUUCUGAAAUUGGAAAUUGGAGGCCAGAGCCUUAAUCUGGACUGCAGAGAGUACAAUGCAGACAAAGCCAUCGUGGAUAGCGGCACCACACUUCUGCGCCUGCCCCAGAAGGUGUUUGAUGCGGUCGUUGAAGCCGUGGCCCGCACGUCUCUGAUUCCAGAAUUCUCUGAUGGUUUCUGGACUGGGUCCCAGCUGGCUUGCUGGACGAAUUCUGAGACGCCUUGGUCUUACUUCCCUAAAAUCUCCAUCUACCUGAGAGACGAGAACUCCAGCCGAUCGUUCCGCCUAACCAUCCUGCCUCAGCUUUACAUCCAGCCCAUGAUGGGGGCUGGCCUGAACUAUGAAUGUUACCGAUUCGGCAUUUCACCUUCCACCAACGCGCUGGUGAUCGGUGCUACCGUGAUGGAGGGCUUCUACGUGGUCUUUGACAGAGCUCGGAAGAGGGUGGGCUUUGCAGCAAGCCCCUGUGCAGAAAUUGCCGGUGCUCCAGUGUCUGAAAUUUCUGGGCCUUUCUCAACAGACGACGUAGCCAGCAACUGCGUCCCCGCCCUGCCUUUGAACGAGCCCAUUUUGUGGAUUGUCUCCUACACUCUCAUGAGCGUGUGUGGAAUCAUCCUUCUUACCCUGAUCGUCCUGCUGCUACUUCCUUUCCGGUGUCGGCGCCUGCCCCCGGACCCCGAGGUUGUCAAUGACGAGUCCUCGCUCGUCCGGCAUCGCUGGAAAUGAAGAGCAGGGUCCGAGCUUGUGCGCGACCUUGAACUCUCUGUUAGGAGGAUUCCGUUUUAGGUGCGGCAGCCGGGGUCAUGAGGCAGGGUUCCUUCCUGUAACCACUAGUCUUAAAUCUGUUCUGCUCCCAGAUGCCUUCCAGAUUCACUGUAUUUUGAUUCUUGAUUUUAAAGCUUCCUUCUUCUCCCUCACUUCCAAGAAAAAUUAUAAUAAAAAACACCUCAUUCUAAACCAAAA